AUGUACUGCAGAUAUUUUGUCCUCAUCUGUGCGUGGCUUUUUCUUCCAACUCAAAGAAAGUGCACGCUGGGCCAUAAAUCGGACACACACAGCAGUGAUGCGGUAUCGCUCCCUGGAUUUGAGAACCUCACAGAGGGCUACAACAAAUAUCUCAGGCCAUACUUUGGUGGGAAACCUGUUCAAAUAGCAUUGAGCCUGGACGUUGCAAGUAUUUCAAGUAUAUCUGAGAGUGACAUGGACUACACUGCUACAAUAUAUCUACGGCAGCGCUGGACGGACCCCCGCCUGGUUUUUCAUGGCAACAAGAGCUUCACUUUGGAUGCUCGUCUAGUGGAAUUGCUAUGGGUGCCAGACACAUAUAUUGUGGAGUCUAAACGGUCUUUCCUGCAUGACGUUACCGUGGGGAAUCGUCUUAUAAGAUUAUUCUCCAAUGGCACUGUCUUGUAUGCAUUACGAAUCACUACUACUGUUGCCUGUAACAUGGACCUGUCAAAAUAUCCCAUGGACACACAGAUGUGUAAACUGCAGCUGGAAAGCUGGGGAUAUGAUGGAAACGACAUAGUGUUCACUUGGUUUAGGGGAAACGAUUCAGUUCAUGGCCUGGAAAAACUGCGUCUCUCUCAGUACACUGUGGAACGUUAUUACACUCUGGUCACGAGAUCCCAGCAGGAAACAGGCAACUACCCGAGACUGAUACUGCACUUUGAGCUGCGAAGAAAUAUCCUGUACUUCAUUUUGGAGACCUAUGUUCCUUCCACGCUGCUCGUUGUCUUGUCCUGGGUUUCUUUUUGGAUCACCCUGGAUUCGGUUCCUGCAAGAACCUGCAUUGGAGUAACAACUGUGCUGUCGAUGACAACUCUGAUGAUUGGCUCCCGGACCUCACUAUCUAAAACCAACUGCUUCAUAAAGGCCAUUGACGUUUAUCUUGGCAUCUGCUUCAGUUUCAUUUUUGGUGCCCUGCUGGAAUAUGCAAUUGCUCACUACAGCUCAUCACAAAAACAUGCAGCUAAAGAGCCUCAAAAGGGGCCUACCAAAGAAACUGAAGAUGUCAACAUCACGAACAUCCUCAAUAGCUCCAUCACCAGUUAUAAGCAGAAAAUAAGUUUAGCCAGCACUGAGAUUUCCAGCGAUAACAUCGACUAUCGUGACCUGACCAUGAAAACCCAUGACAAAAUUAGGUUUGUGUUGAGAAACAAAAUGCACAGGAUCAUCAGCUAUUUCACAAUUCAGAAUCCCAGCAAUGUUGACCAUUACUCAAAGUUACUUUUUCCUUUGUUUUUCAUGCUGGUCAAUGUAUUUUACUGGGCUUACUAUCUGUAUUUUUAG